AUGUCAUCAAGCCCUAAAUACUCCAAAGGAAACAAAGGAAAAGACGACAAAAAUGGCAAAAAUGACAAAGAUCCUUUAACCACCUCUAACUUAAUUUCUCAUCACAGCAGCCAAGAAAAGGAUGCGCUGGAGGAAAAAAUAGAAGCAUUGAAGUCGGGAGAUAAAUUUAAGGAAGAUACUACGGAGAAUAAUAAAUUUGGCGACAAGUGUAGUAAAUCGCACAAAGGCCAAGAAAAGGAUGCAGAUAAGAUAGAAGCAUUGAAGUCGGGAGAUAAAUUGAAGGAAGAUACUAAGGAGAAUAAUAGAUCGACCAAAAACCAGGAUGAUGAUGGUGAACCAGUCAAACAGGAGAACGCAAAAAAGAUGUCAAAAAUGCUGGAGACACUGGAUUCUAAAUUAAGCAAGCAUCCUAUUGCUUUUCACUUUCUUGCGUUUUUCAUGCAAUGUAUCCUCGCGGUGAUUGCGUCCAUUAAUGUUAAAGUGAAGCCUGAUACCGGAGUUAAAAAGGCAGUAUUUGAAAUUGAAAGGGAAAAUCUUCAGGUGCAUAAAAUUGAAAAAGUUGGUGAACGACUUUAUCUUGGAGCGUUAGCUUUGAAAAAUGCAACGUUCAUUUUUUACAUAAUUACAAUCGACGUUCAUAAUGAAGUUUAUAAUAAAGUAUAA